AUGUCGCAGUUGAUAUUCUCCUAUCUCGUCCACCAUGGACGGCAACCGCUCAUGAGAAUAGUUCAGAAUACACACCUUACGCCUCGACAAGUGAAACAUGGCCUGGCAAUCCUCAUCCAGCAGCAACUCGUCUUCCACUUCACCGGCUUCGAUGAUGGAGUCUCACACUAUCAGGCGAAUUGGCGGCGGGCCUACCUGCUGGCCCGGUCAGGAAACAUAUUGCAGUUGACAAGGGAACGGCUGGGAGACUAUGCUGCAAAAGUGGUGUCUACGAUCAUUUCUCUGGGACAUGCCAAAAUAAGCCAUCUAGAGACCAUCCCGGAACUCCAGCCUGCUCCUUUGCGCAAUGGCACCCAUGGUCCGGAUGGUGUCAACGGUGACCACUCGCUGGAGAACGGGGAAGCCAUGGAGGAUGGAGUGGAGGAUGGCGUGAGCGGAGAUGACAUACUUGUCAACUCUCACAAGAGUGUGAAAGGGUAUGGUGCUUCCCGACUCGGCCCAACUCUUCGAGAGCUUGCCGCAUAUGGCUACAUUAUGCGUGUGAAGGACGUCCAUUUCCAAUCGCCAUCGGAUCUACGUGAAGCGGCAAGGAGAGCGGUCAAAGCAAGCGGUCAGACAGAGGGAUUAAAGGGGAAGAAACUCGAAGAAAAAAUUGAAGAGAAGGCGGAUGUUAUGAUAGAGGAGUGGGCUGACGGGACUAUAGCCUAUGGCCUGGUCCCUCGGAAUAUCACCCGAGGUAUAAAAAGACAGACAGCAAACGGGAGUUUCGAAGGUCCACGCAAGCGGGCAAGGCUUAACGAUAAUGCCGGAAUGGUAGGAAUUGAAACAAACGGUGACGACUUUUCUGACGACGAUGGUUAUGACGACGAUGGUGAUGUAACAUUGGAUAGUAAUAUGGUUAUUCGUAUCAAUUACGAACAGUUCAAUGUUGCCCUCCGCAACCAGAGAUUGAUCAAGUUGGCUGAUCAAGUAACCUCGCGUGUGACUUCACAGGUUUACGAAACGCUGCUCUCUCGGAUUGAGCUUAAGACUCGAAAGUGCCGUCAGCAGGAGGAGCCUGUACUGGAAGGCGAGGAAGGCCAACACUACUCUGCCCCUAUUCCGCUGCAUACUAUAGUCGAUGAUCUCGACCCUAAUCUGGAUCUUGUCGGCAGCGUUGCUGGGAUAUCUUCAGCAAAGCCAAAACAGAAUGGCCUAGGAACCGGUCAUGGCGAGGAUGAAGACGAGGAUGAAGAUGACUUUGACGACGAAGAUGGGGAAGAUAGUCCCCAGGCCAAGGCUCAAAGCCGUGUUUUCCAAGUGGUGCAGCAUCUUUCUCUACUCUCAUCAGAACCCUACCACUUUUCGACGCGGAGAAUGGAGUCGGGAAUCAUCACAUGGGCGGUUGAAUUUAGACACCUUGUUCGGCAACUUCGACAUCUUGAGAUUGAACGGCUGGUUGAAGCACGGUAUGGUACCGUUGCAGUGCGUGUUCUCCGUGUCUUGGCGGAUAAGGGGAGAUUGGAUGAGAAACGACUACAAGAAAUAAGUCUCAUGCCAUCAAAGGACCUAAGACAGAUAUUAGCACGGCUACAGUCUGGCGGGUUUAUAGACCUGCAAGAAGUGCCCCGUGAUGCCCAGCGUCAGCCUUCUAGAACAAUAUACCUUUGGUUCUACGACGCUGAUCGAGUGGUCAUGAUGCUUGUUGAGGACGCAUAUAAAUGCAUGGCACGAUGCCUCCAGCGCCUUGCCUACGAGCGAGGCAAGCUAAAAGCACUGAUUGAAAAGGCCGAACGCUCUGAUGUGAAGCGCAAUAUGGAACGGUAUCUAUCUGCUUCUGAUAUGGCUACUUUACAGGAAUGGGAAGCCAAGGAGGCCUUGCUCCUGGGUGAAGUAGCAAGGUUAGAUGAACUUGUUGCUGUCUUGAGAGAUUAUUAG